AUGGAGACGUUGUACAGUCUUAAUGACUUUAACAUAUACAAGGACAAUCAGUCGACCACACUUCAUCAUGACUACGAAUACUCGUGAGUUGUUCUUUAAUAUAGCAAGAAUUUUCUUUAUAGGUUAAAAAAUGACGAAAAAUUUCUUUACAAAAGAAAAUAUAUCAAGAAAUUUCUUUACAAAACGAAAAAUGGCAGGAACUUUAUUUACAAAUCAAAAAAUGACGAGAACUUUCUUUACAAAACUAAAUAAAAAUUGCAAAAACUCUCUUUACAGAACAUAAAAACCGUCAUUUUGGCUAAUUUUAAAAAUCCAAUACAAAUAGUGACAUUACGCCGAAAAACCAAUAAUUUUUGUGACAUUUUGUCAAAAAAUAAAAAUAGUUUUUAUUGAUCAUAAAUAACGAUUUUAGCUAGAAAAUAGCAAGAAAUUUCUUUACAAUUCAUAAAAUGACAAAAAAUUCAAAUUCCUUGCACUGUGCAAAGCAUUUCUUCAAUUGCACAGUGCAGUCAUUUUUUAAAAAGUUAAUGUGCCAUUCUUUUUGAUGCUACUAAAGCAAAAAUGUUUUUGAUAGGUUUCUACUAGUCAAGGCUACAAGGUAUGACUUUAUUUGUUACCUAAUAUAAUGUACAAGUUUCUCAGUGCAAAGAAGAAUGUUUGUUGCACUGUGCAAAGGAUUAAAAAUACUGUGCAAACAAUUUGUUUUUUUUUAGUUUUUGUAAAGAAAGUGUUUGCCAUUUUUGUUUUGUAAAUAAAGUUUUUGCCAUUUGAUGGUUUGUAAAGAAAGUUCUUGCAAUUUUUUGUUUUGUAAAGAAAGUUCUUGUAAUUUUAUCGAUUAAAAACCUAAUUUUUGACUAUUUUUCAGUUACCGACUGCCAUUCGAACGAGUAGAGGACAAGAUCGGAUGGACUCGGCGAUUCCAGACCUAUUGGGGACAUUCCUUCACAAUUUCCGUCGUUUAUUACUUGGCAAUCAGGGUUUUACAGCGAAUAAUGAAGGAUCGUGAGCCAUUUCAGCUCAAAACGCCAUUAUUUUUGUGGAACUUCGGGUUGGCACUGUUCAGUAUCGCUGGAUUCGUGAGGUUUGCUGAGGUAUGGUAGGAACAGGGCGUUUUUAUCAUUUUUAGUAUUAUUUUUGAAAAAAAAAAUUUUAAUUUUAAAAAAUUUAAAAAAAUGUUUUUAAAUUUUGUAAAAAAGUUACGAUUAAAGACAAAAAAAGACCGCAUUAACUUUCUUUACAAUUUUUAAAACCUAUUUUAUCAAUUUUUAGCGUUUUUAUUCAAAAAUAGAAAAUGGAAGUUAGUGGAAGAUUUGUAAUGUAUUUCGCACUGAAAAUCUUCCACCCAACUUCCGCUUUUAAAAAAGUCUUAAAAUGACUUAAAAACACCUUUUUGACAAUUUUUAAAGAUGGAAUUUUGAUGGAAGAUUUGUAAUGUAUUUAUUUUGCACUGAAAAUCUUCCACGAAACUUCCAUUUUUAAAACGUGUUAAAAAUGCGUUCUUGGGUCAUUUUAAGAAAUUUUAAAUAAUGGAAGUUUGGUGGAAGGUUUUCAGUGCAAAAUACGUUACAAAUCUUCCACUUAACUUCCACUUUUUAAUAAGUGUCAAAAACGUGUUUUUAGGUCAAUUUAAAAAUUUUAAAAAUAAAAAAAAGGUUUAUGAACUUAAAAAAAAUGUAUUUUUCAGGACUUCUUUGUGGCCUGGUCACGGCACGGUUUAGAAUACUCCUUGUGCCAUUCUUGUAACCCGGAUGGAGUUGCUGCCUUCUGGAGUUUGGCCUUUGCUUUGUCGAAGAUUGUCGAGUUGGGCGACACUUUGUUCAUUGUUUUGAGGAAGAAACCGCUCAUUUUCUUACAUUACUAUCAUCACGCUGCCGUGCUGGUCUAUACUGUACAUUCAGGUUGGUUCAUAAUGUUAAACUAGGAGGGUAUGGUAUUUUAGGACAAUUUGAUUAGGCUAUAUCUUAAACUGGCAGUAUUUUUGAAAAUUAAAAAAAAACUUAUUUUUUGCACGGUGCAAUCAAUUUUUGGAUUGCACAGUGCAGUCUUUUUUUUUUGAAAUUUCACUGUGCCAUUCUUUUUAAUGUUACCAACACAAAAAUUGUUUUAAUAGGUUUUUAUUAGUCUAGACUACAAAUUAUGACAAUAUUUUUUACCUAAAAUAAACCAUAGAUUGCACGGUGCAAGAAACAGAAUUUGUUGCACGGUGCCAAAAAUUAAUCUGUUGCACGGUGCAAGGAAUUUUAAUAUGGGAUAGGGUAGGGCACUGUAUGAUUUUGUAGAGUAGAUUAGGGUACUGUAGCACAUUGUAGAGUAAGGUAAAGUAGGGCAGGGUACUAUAGUGUAGGUUAGGGUACUGUAGUAUACUGUAGAGAACGGUAGGUUACUAUAAACAUUAUUUUCUAUCACGUCCUAUUAAUAAUGGCAUUUCAGGCGCAGAACACACGGCGCCAGGCCAAGCUUUCAUCACCAUGAACUACUUUGCCCACGCCUUCAUGUACUCAUACUACGCCUACAGUGCCUUAGGCAAAAGGCUACCAAUGUGGGUGUCGAUGACCGUGACCACAAUCCAAACGAUUCAAAUGUUCUUGGGAGUGGCAGUGACAUCUUUCGUCUACUACAUCAAGGUCUACAAGAACGAGCCGUGCCAACAGAGUAUGGCCAACCUGUACCUGGCGUUCCUCAUCUACAUUACCUUUGCCGUGCUGUUCGUCGAGUUCUACGUGAAUGCCUACUUCAAGAAGGGCAAGAAGAAGGCCGAGUAG